GUCUGGGGGCUAAGGCGACGCGGCCGCGCGUGCGCAGUGCGCGGGCGGGCCGUCGUGGGCGCCGCUGCCGGCCUCUGGGUGCCUGUAGGAACCGGGGCCGCGGCGGCGCGGGUGCUCCGGGCCAAGGCCGCGGGUAAUGUUCAAGCCCAGAAAUGCCUUAUGUGGAUCGUCAGAAUCGCAUCUGUGGUUUUCUAGACAUUGAAGAAAAUGAAAACAGUGGGAAAUUUCUUCGAAGGUACUUCAUACUGGAUACCAGAGAAGAUAGUUUUGUAUGGUACAUGGAUAAUCCACAGAACCUUCCUUCUGGAUCAUCACGUGUCGGAGCCAUUAAACUUACCUAUAUUUCAAAGGUUAGCGAUGCAACUAAGCUAAGGCCAAAGGCUGAGUUCUGUUUUGUUAUGAAUGCAGGAAUGAGAAAAUAUUUCCUACAAGCCAACGAUCAGCAAGAUCUAGUAGAAUGGGUAAAUGUGUUGAACAAAGCUAUAAAAAUCACAGUACCAAAGCAAUCAGACUCACAGCCUAAUUCAGAUAAUCCAAGUCGCCAGGGUGAAUGUGGGAAGAAGCAAGUGUCUUACAGAACUGAUAUUGUUGGUGGUGUACCCAUCAUUACUCCAACUCAGAAAGAAGAAGUAAAUGAAUGUGGCGAGAGUGUUGACAGAAAUAAUUUGAAACGAUCACAAAGCCAUCUUCCUUGCUUUACUCCAAAACCACCUCCUGACAGUGCCGUUAUCAAAGCUGGAUAUUGUGUAAAACAAGGAGCAGUGAUGAAAAACUGGAAGAGAAGAUACUUUCAAUUGGAUGAAAACACAAUAGGCUACUUUAAAUCUGAACUGGAAAAGGAACCUCUCCGCGUAAUACCACUUAAAGAGGUUCAUAAAGUUCAAGAGUGUAAGCAAAGUGAUAUAAUGAUGAGGGACAACCUGUUUGAAAUUGUAACAACGUCUCGAACUUUCUACAUACAGGCUGAUAGCCCUGAAGAGAUGCACAGUUGGAUUAAAGCAGUCUCUGGCGCCAUUGUAGCACAGCGGGGACCUGGCAGAUCAGCAUCUUCUAUGCGGCAGGCCAGAAGGCUGUCGAACCCUUGUAUACAGAGGUAUACAUCAAGAACUGGUGAAUGCAGCACGAGCAUUCCCACAGUCCUUCAGAGUCCAAACACACUGUCCGUCCUGCCGGUGCCGCAGCAGCAGCCACCUCACAUUCCACAGCCUCUCGCAGCAACUCUCUGGUCUCAAGCUUUACCAUGGAGAAGCGAGGAUUUUACGAAUCUCUUGCCAAGGUCAGGCCAGGGAACUUCAAGGUCCAGACUAUCUCUACAAGAGAACCAGCUUCCAAAGUGACUGAACAAGCUCUGCUAAAACCUCAAAGUAAAAAUGGCCCUCAGGAAAAAGAUGGUGACCCCGUGGACUUGGAUGAUGCAAGCCUUCCAGUCAGUGAUGUGUAAGAUGGAAGCAUGCAGGGGCCUACCACCAUCCAUCCUCAGUGUCCUUCAUGAGGCUUCUAGCCAAAGAUGAUAAAGGGGGAAGUGGGUUUUAAUGCAUAUAUUAUACUGCCUCUUAGAUGUACUCUUUGAAAGCUGGUAAACCAAGAAUCUAGGGAGUAGCCAAGUGAAAUGUCAUUUUUUUCAGAAAGAAGGAAAAAAGCUGAUCGUCUUCGUAUCAACUAUCUGAAGCUUUGUGUAUUCUCCUUUGGGUGGUAAAAAUGUGUGUGUGGUAUUUUUUUUCCUAGUGACUUUGACAGUUUAAAUGUUUAACGACUUAUAAACAUUGAAAAUGCUUAUUAAUGAUUUUGGUCAUUUAAAAAAUGCUACUAUGAUUCCUAUUAAAUGUUGAUAUUUAAACAUCAUUAUUGGUUAAUAUUAUUGAAUGAAAUAUUGCCAGACUAAGAUUCUUAAGCUCAUGAUGUCUGUGGUGCUGCAAAAUUUAUACUGCAAUGUAGACUAUUUUGAAAUCAUAACCAUUUUUGAUGCCCUGGAUCUUGAGAUGAGUGUUAAAUUUUGCACAGAAGAUAUGAUUUAGACCCUUGGUGGGGAUGGGGGGUUGUAUUAGGCUGGAGAAAGGGGGGGGGGGGAAUUAGAAUUCAAACUAUAUUUUAAAUAUUUGUUUGAAAAAGCUUAGGACUUGCAGCUGUCAGUGCUUUUGUUCAGUGACGAUCAUUAGGUUGGAAGUAUUGGAGAUACCUGAUUUUCUUAACAAAAUUUUGUAAAUAUUUCUCAUCUCCAUAUUUGGAUUGGUGAAAGACUUCAACUUUAUAUGUGACAACGUAACUGCCCUUAGUCAUGAAAUUGUGGCCUCUACUUUUUUGUUACUAAUAACCUGUAUUCAAGUGCCUGUGUUUUUCCAUCUUGUUUAAGAAUAUGUUGAGAUUAAUAUGCUCAAAAUUCCUACAUGAUUGGCUUUAAACAUUGAGAUAAAACUUUUAGUAGCAUAGCUUAAUAUGUUAAAUAAUAUAGCAUUUUAUGUUAGAGAUACCAGAAUGCUGGUAUUAUACUUACCUGUGCAAUAUACAUGUUUUAAAAAACAGUUUUAAGUAUACACUUAAUCAUGGGGAUGUCAAAAAUAUCAGCACCUCUCUAAAGAAUUCUAUUGUUGCAAUAGACUAGUUUGAGAAAGCGCCAUUUUGCAGUUCAGUCUUAAACAUUUGCUUUAAGAACACAGUCUUGAAUUACACAUGCUGCUAUUUUUAUAUUUUACCAUUUUCCAGUACUGUUUUGUUUUGAAUUCAUACAUAUCACCAUUUCUCCUUUUUAUUUUCUAAGAUGACUUCUUGUCUGAGAGGAAGGAAAAUUUUCUACUAGUGUGGUAAGGUCCAGAGCUUAAGAUACAUAAUACUAGAAUUAAUAGAGUAUGAGUUAAAAAAUCCAAAUGCAGGGGCUGAGGUUGUGGCUCAGUGGUAGAGUGCUUGCCUAGCACAUGGGAGGCACUGGGUUUGAUCCUCGGUGCCACAUAAAAAUAAAUAAAUAAAUAAAGGUAUUGUGUUCAUCUGCAAUUUGAAAAAAUAUUUUUAAAAAAUCCAAAUGCAUAAGAAUGCACCACUCACCUUUUUUUAUUCAUAAGCUAAUAUUUUUUAAAGUUAUAUUUAGAUUUUUCUCUUUUGCACCUACAUUUGAAAAGGAUAGAAUAAAAAGGUUUUAAAUAAUUACACUUUUUCUGCUGACCUACCCAUUUUAAUGGCUCUUUUGAAAGAAGUUUUGUUUCAUGGAUGCACCUAAGAAAACUUGUAUAGAACUUUGCAAUAUUCAAGAGCUUGAUGCUGUUUUCUUUGGUACAGCUUCCACAUUGCAUGUUCCUUUUAGCAUAUUUUGGUAUUGGUAAUUUGAUAUAUUUAAUGGUGGCAAAUAUUAGCUCUAUUUUGGGACUUUUUAUAGAACUACCCUUGUUCAAUAGCAUAGGAAAAUGUUCUUGUGAUUGUCAGGGUCUCCUAGUAUUUAUCUCAAUUCUUUUAUAAGUCUAUGGAAAUUAUUUAAUUAUUUUAAAACUUACACUUUUCUUGUAAAUAUGUCACAUCUGAAGUGUCAAAAAAUUACUUUGAAUACCCUAAUAUUUGCUGCAUUUUUUUUUCCUGUGUGUGUAACCUGUCUUCUUUCAGAAUGGGAAUGUGUGCCUCCCAAUGUUUACUGUUACGUCUUUUAUCUUUAUAUGUUGAACUGGUUGAACACUGUAAUGACUUGAGAAUAAACUGCUCAGAAUUCAUUCUAA